GCCAGAGGUCCUGUUCCAGCCAGGAGAGCUCAGCCCAUCGGUCAGGGUCCAGCACAAAGCAGGCUGCAGAGCCUCGGUGGGUCUCCUUAUGGCCAUCAGCCUGCGCAGCAAGACUACUCCUCUCCUGCAGAUCCUCAAUGCCGAAAAUAUGUCCCCACAAUAUUUUGUGAGAGAUAUAAAUGGAGAGGAUAAAAGAGUCAGCAGCAGGGAAAUGGCACUGAGGUCUGCCUCCAUCACAGAGGCUCCUGCCCAGAGCUCGGCCACCUGAUUCCCAUCACCCUUGGGCAAGUCCCUUCACCUCUUCUCUGCUUCUGCUUCUGAGGCUGGGCAUUUCCUUAUUAGCUGUGUGUGUGGAGGGGUUAAACAUAGUAAAAACCCAGCAGGAGGUGACAUACACAGCCAUCCAGUGGGUGCUGCGCUGCUCUGAUAGAUGCUCCCCCAGCUGGGAGGUGCUCAGCAUCCAGAUGUUUGGGGGGAUGCUACAAGCAGCACCAGCUCUGGGGCAGGAUUGCCCUCCCCUGGCUGGCUCUGCUGCUCCCCCAGGUCCAGAGCAGUGAAUUUGUUCCAGCAUCCCAGCCUGUGACAGAGUGAAUGUGCAGAGUCCGUCUCGGUAUGCAGAAAUGCCUUGACAUUUAGCCUUCCCUUGCGUUUGUUUAAUAAGUAAACAGCUAAAAAUAAGUUGGUUAUACCCAAGGGGCUUUUGAGAAGCACUAAAAGCAAGAGAGUGAAGGCUGAAUGCUGGCUAACAGAACUGGUAUUUUCCUCUCACUCUCAGCUCUACAUCAAAGUACCUUUAUGGACUUUAUUUAUUCCUGGCUUGAAUCAGCACGAGCACAAGGAGAGUCAGGCUCAGCAGCUGCAAGCACAGACCUCUUCUGUGGUGCUAAUUGGUUUAAUCUGGGAGAUGAGAGCACAGGUUUACCCGGCACAGUCCUGCCUAAGCCCUGUGCCUUGGAAAUGACUGCAAAGACUGCGUGUCCCCGCGGCUUUCCCUCUGCUGUGGAUGCUCAGAGCUCAGCGAGACGAGGGCAGGAUGAGGCUGAGGGCGCGCAUGGUGCUGGGUUGCAGCCGCUCCAUCUGCAGGGCAGGCAGCGUGUGUCAGGAGGGAUCAGAGCCAGAAGAAGCCAGCAGGAAAGUUCCUCUGCAGCCUGCCAGGGAAGAUGAUUUCAGGCUGUGCUUCCAGCAGGGCUCUGCCGUCCCUCAGGGCACGAGGUAAAAUGAACAAGAUGAAAAACUUCAAGCGGAGGUUCUCGCUCUCGGUCCCUCGGACGGAGACCAUCGAGGAGUCGCUGACGGAGUUCACGGAGCAGUUCAACCAGCUCAACAACCAGAGGAACGAAGACCUGGCUCAAGGGCACCUGCAGCUGGAGCACCUGGGCAGGGACUUCCGAGCCGACACGGCCCCCAUCUCCCCCUCCGAGGUGGAAGGCCAGUCCCCAAUGGCCGUGCGCUACCGCAACAACAACCAGCGCCGCUUCUCCAUGGAGGAUGUCAGCAAGCGCCUCUCCCUGCCCAUGGACAUCCGCCUGCCCCCCGAGUUCUUGCAGAAGCUGCAGAUGGAGAGCCCGGAGUUCCCCAAACCCCUCAGCAGGAUGUCCCGGCGGGCUUCCCUCUCGGAUAUCGGCUUCGGGAAGCUGGAGACCUAUGUUAAACUGGACAAACUGGGAGAGGGCACUUACGCCACCGUCUUCAAGGGGCGCAGCAAGCUGACGGAAAACCUCGUUGCGCUGAAGGAGAUCCGCCUGGAGCACGAGGAAGGGGCACCUUGCACGGCCAUCCGGGAAGUGUCGCUGCUGAAGAACCUCAAGCACGCCAACAUCGUCACCCUGCACGACAUCAUCCACACGGAGCGCUCCCUCACCCUGGUCUUCGAGUACCUGGACAACGACCUCAAACAGUACCUCGAUAACUGCGGGAACCUGAUGAAUGUGCACAAUGUGAAGAUCUUCAUGUUCCAGCUGCUGCGGGGUCUGGCCUAUUGCCACGGGAGGAAGAUCCUGCACCGAGACCUCAAGCCCCAGAACCUGCUCAUCAACGAGAGGGGAGAGCUCAAGCUGGCUGACUUCGGGCUGGCCAGAGCCAAAUCGGUGCCCACCAAAACCUACUCCAACGAGGUGGUCACGCUGUGGUACCGGCCCCCCGACGUCCUGCUGGGCUCCACGGAGUACUCCACGCCCAUCGACAUGUGGGGUGUUGGCUGCAUCCACUACGAGAUGGUCACCGGCCGGCCGAUGUUCCCCGGCUCCACGGUGAAGGAAGAGCUGCACUUGAUCUUCAGGCUGCUGGGAACCCCAACAGAAGACACGUGGCCGGGAAUAACGUCCAACGAGGAGUUUAAGGCUUACAACUUCACGCAGUACCGAGCCCAGCCGCUCAUAAAUCACGCCCCAAGGCUGGAAUCAGAAGGCAUUGACUUGCUGACGAACCUCCUUCUGUACGAAGCCAAGAGCCGGAUUUCGGCGGAGGCAGCCCUGAGGCACCCUUACUUCAAGAGCCUGGGCGAGAGGGUGCACCUCCUGCCCGACAAUGUCUCCAUCUUCUCCCUGAAGGAGAUCCAGCUUCAGAAGGACCCUGGCUACCGAGGCUCAGCCUUUCAGCAGUCAGCCCGAGGGAAGAACAGGCGGCAGAGCAUAUUUUAAACCCGGACCUCGUGUUCCCCUUGUCACCAUGGAGAUCAGAGCACUGAGAAAGGAGACAGCAACACGCUCCCACCCGCCCCACUGCAGCACUGCCGACCCCAGCAGGACGAUGCUGAUGAAGCGCCCUUGGCCGCAGGCUCUCCCCGCCUGCCCCCACAGCCCACAGCAGCCGCUGUUGGUGGACUCGGGGCCUUUUCCCCCCCUUGUUCUCACGUUGCCCCUGUCGGAUGCGAGCUGCCACCCUCCCUGCAGGUGCCGCAGUGAGCAGCUGCCCUGGCAUUGCCCAGGAUCGUGCCCUGCCCCGGGGGAGCCGCUCACUGCCCGUGGGGCUGAGCUGGGCACAGGGAGGUUUGGUGAGCAGAGGGUGGUGUCUGCAAAGCUGCAUCGUGUUCGGCCCAGGCAGGCGUUUGUGAAGAUGUACCUUUGCUCAGACAACCUGCUCUGCACCCCCAGGCACCAGAGAGACUGCAGCUGAAGCCCGAGCCCGGGGCAGCCCCCUCCUCCUGCACCCUUGCCUCUGCCUGCGCAACCCCUUCCUCUCUGCCCAUCUUCGGUACCUGGAUCCUGGCAAGGGGGGAGCAGCUGGAGCAGAGGGGCUUCCACCAGCAUCCCCCUGUCCUUGCCACCACUGCGUUCCCCAGUUUGGCCACCGGGACGGGACCCCAUCCCCAGCGCCGUCUCAGGAGCGCGUCUGCCCCCGUGCCAGCGCUGAGCCCCGCGGCGGAGCCGAGCCGCGCAGCCUCGCCGCACCCAAGUGUUGCGCACACCCACCGCAGUGCUUUUCUACCCGGAGGAAGGGGGAGAGGUGCCAAACCUCCCACAGCUCAGCUGUGGGGACCAGAAAUAGACCCGGGGAGAAGCAAAUCAUCCCUCCAACCUUCUUGCCUGGCCUCGCCGUGCGUAGCCAGCACCACCUCGCAGCAGCCCUGGCUCGGGCGGCCACCGCGGGACCGAGGUGCGUGUGGAGAUGUGAGCGCGCUCGGCUGGCCGAGGGCUGCUCCUGGUGCCAAACGGAGCACAGCAGGAGCCUGCCAAACCCAGCCCGAGCGAGGGAGCCCUGCUGCACCUCUCCCUGCAGCCUGCCACCAGCCUGAAAUGUCUUCAGGUGUGCGAGCACUGCAGGAAGCCUCCUCUGUUUAAUAUCCACGUCCCCUUUGUGGCACUCCUGGAUGACCGUUCCUCCCACCCGCGGGUCCUGCAGCCCUUGGACACGUCUGGGACUCUCUGGUGGGUGCUGUGACUGGUGCUGGGCCUGGCGGGACGUGCCCACAUCCAAACCUGCCACCCUACCAGGGAGGGCAGUGCUCUGGGGACGCUGACUGCUGCACGCCGCUGCUUCCCCACCGAGCUCUCGGAGCUCUCUUUCCACUCUGCCAUGCGUGCGGGAUUUCUUCUGUGAUCCUCUGCGAAUGCAAAGCGUGAGGAUAAAGGAGGAGACCCCGGGGCUUCCGGAGGCGCCUCCUCCCCGUGCCAGUGCUCGCCGCGACACCCCCUGCGCUCCCCCCAUCAGACCAAAGCUGUUAAGUCGGAUUUGUCCUAGACAAGCAUCCAGACGUCUGCAUUGUUUGAGGUUUGCCCAUCCCUGCUCGGUUCCCUUCUCGGUAUGUCCAGCAUACAGCAGGCUGAAUAGUUCAUUAAUUGUUUCCAUUUGAUAGGGAAGAGCAUGAAUAGCCAUCAGCCACCAGUGACGCAUUUCGCCCUGAUGUGAGGGCAGGGCUUUGCCUGGUUUCCUACACCCCGCUCCUGCUGCAAGGGGCUCGGCGGUAGCGAGGCUCGCAGAGGGAGGUGUUGGCUGGAAGAAGUCUCAACUCUCACGCUGUCACCUUUUCUUUCACGAAGGCAUUUACAUGGAAGUUUCCUCUGCAUGGAAGGGAUCCGUGGUGCGGAAUUGCCAGCUCCUGCCCCAAAAUUGGCCGCUCAGCUGGCGGCCAGCUCACGGACACCGCGUCCCCAGUGCCCCUGCCUGCGGGUGCUGGUGCGCCCAGGUCCCUGAGCACAGAUCAGAGCUAGGGAGAAGCAACCCUCUCCUCCUGCUCUCGGGAACCCCAUUCAAGAUGUGCUUGACCUGUCUUCAGGCAGUUUUCUUGCCUGCAAGCUGAGCCCCUGGGAAAUGGGUCCCAGCAGCGCGCUCCCCAUAGGACAGGCACCUCGCCGAGCGGCAAGGUCACCCAGGGCAGCGGCUGGAGGGAAAGGUUGGGAAAAGCCCAGCACUGACCGUAGACAGGGCUGCCUUAUCUGGGAUCAGAUAACGAAGACAAAGGGCCUGCUAGCUGCUGUUUAUCCUUUCACAGCCUUUGCCUUUCCUCCUACAAAUCCUCCCCAGAGGCGCUCUUUGUGUGGAGGCGCUGUUAUUUAUUAGCCCCGCGCGCGCUGCUAGCAGCCCAAAUUUCAGAUAACCCCUUUUGUCCCGCUGCCUUCAGAGGGUAUUUCGUUCCCAUUCAGGAGGACGAUAGCGUGUGUAAAUAUUUGGUGCCCCGCCGAGCAAGGUUUUGAGUUAUGAGCGCCCGCCGCUGCCCUGCCCGCACGUGGCGGCCGCUGCGUGAUGCCCACGCUCCUGCCAUGCGCUGCCCGCUGCCAGGCAGCCAAAUCCCCUCCAGGAGAGGGGUCUCAGUCCCCCCAAGGGCAGAGGGGGUCCGGCUGGGUUUAUGAGGCCGGAGAGCCCCUAGGGUCCCGGGGGGGGGACCUGCAGUGCUCGCCCCCUCCUGCCGCAGCUCCCCGCAGGCAGCCCUUCCCUGCGCAGGGAGCGCCAGGCGGCUCCGGAGAUGGAUGUUUAAAGUAGCGCUGAUGAAAAUGCUGGGAAUGUCUGUGGCUCGCUGGAAUUUUUGUCAUUUUGUGGGUUCUCCCGGCCGCCGCUUUGCAGAGUAGCUGGCACCCGUCGCCGAUUGGGAGUUUUGACAAAAGGAAGCUGUUGUUUUGUCUUCCAGACAUUUUUUUCCUUGCAUUUUUUUUUUAUUUUUUUUUUACCAGUUAUUGUGGAAAAUGGAGUUUUGGCUGCGCUCUCGGGAAAGAGCCUGUUAUUGCAUCUCUCCAGCUGAUAGCUGGUUAAAGAAACAUAAAGUAACGUGCAAAGCAAGGUCCGUGUUACAGGGCAGCAAUAAAACUCCCGGCAGCGCGGCUGCAUGUCACUCUCCACACACACGCUCACGCCUUUCCUGGCCCAGCCCUUUGCAGAUCUACAGCAAGAUUUUAAAUAACAAACCUGCAUUGUAUCGUGGAGGCUAAGAACAAAAUAAGGGGAUUUUUUUGUCUCCCUUACACACGAUGAAAAAAAAAUAAUAAAAAUAGCAAGGCCAUUUUCCCAAGCUUCUCACAUUUUUUUUGUUUUUUUUUUUUUUUCCCAUGGCUUAUCUUCGGUCAGGAACAGGGCUGGCGUAAAGCAGGAGCCCAGAGCUCCCAGGGGCUGGAAAGGCACAGGCAGGUGGGAGAAUGGCACUGGGUAUGAAAGCUGUGACGCCCACUUUCUGCUCUCCUCAUUGCCUGCCUUCGUCCUCUGCACCGCGCUUGUCCUCCCGCAGGAGAAAUCGACCCAAGUGGCCAGGAUCCACGUACUGUGAAUGUUCUCUGGUGUGAUUCAUCUGCAGAAUACCGAUAAUAUAUUUAUCUCGUGUUGUACAAACAAAAGAUGCGUUUUAAAAGAAGUGAUUUUAAAGAUUUAUUCCAAAAGAAGCAAUGAUUUUUUUUUUUUUUAUAUAUAGAAAGUUUUUUCUGGAAUAAAUGGAGAGGUGAAAAAAGAAAAAAGAAAAAAAAAAAGAAUAAAGGACUGUAUCCAUCUAUCAAUCUUGUGUCUGAACAUUUUCUACAAAGACCUCGAUUUUUGUAUUUCAGACGUGACAUAGACUAUUUUGUGAUGUGCUCAUUUUCUUGCUAAGGCUUCUAUUACGGUUGUAUUGUGAAUGCUCCAAAGCCAAGCUUGAAAAAUAAACUUUAUUGAGUACAGGGUA